AUGGGUAUUAGUCCUGUUUCUCGUUUCUUCACUUCGAGCAAGCAAGCCGAUCCUGCAAACGCUCCCUCAGAGACUCAACGCACCGCCUCCGCUUCUCCCUCCAAGGCGGCGGGAAGCGACGCGAUCAUCAGUCGCCCGGAAAUGGCCGUCAGAGUCGGCGCCGGCGAAAGUUUAAUCGAAGCCAUGGUUGAUCAGUCUCUUAAAGAGGCGGAAGAAAAAACACUGCAUGCGCGUCGGCAUCAAGGAAUCGAGCUCUACCCAGGUGGGCCAGUCGAUCGGUACGGCCCGCCGCGGGAUCCUAGCGCGCUGCUACUGGAGCCUCACAAGUUGACGAAGGAGGAGCGUCUCUUUCAGAUCUUGUUUGUCACGUUGCCCUGGGUUUUCUUCCUCUUCCUGCUUUCGGCACCGGUCCUCCUUGCAAAGUACCACGUGGCGAAGCUGAACGACCGAGCUGCGUUCUCGUGGGACGUCGCUCAGGAACUCAUCCAAGAGUCCGACGCGGACGGUUUCCGCCUAUGCACCUUCCGAGACUUGCGCGAGGUCGUCGAGCAGCCGCUGCAUGCGUUCCUGUGCUACCUUCACCCCGACACACUCGCGUCCCAGAUCGUCGCGCCUCUCCUUCGAGACCUCGCAACUCUUUUCCAGCGUCUCGGCGUGCGCGCGCAAGUGGCGUUAGUCGACUUGUCCGACCCGGCGAUGCCGCCGCGCAUGCAUCGCGAGUUUCCCCCCGCGCUCGCGCCGCACGGCCAGCUUCUCUUGCCAUUUGCAUUCGGCGGCCAGCAGCCCGCCGUCCUCGACUUCGCGGCGAAGACCUGGAACGCCUCAGACAUCGUCCGCGCGGUAGCGGAAGAAGUUCCAAGCGCGCGGGCCGCCCUUGCGCCGGCGGCGGAGCUCGACGAUGUCUCCGAGCAACUGAGUGACUGCCUGUUUUCGCUGGCCUUCGUGGACGAAGGCACCCGAGGCUGUGGCGAGGAGGCGAGAACAACCUCUCCUUUUGAAAAGCCGGCGUCUGGGUCUCUCGAGGGAUCACACAAGACUCCCGACGGAAGCAGAACGUCGCAAGGCGCGAAUCCGGUGGAGAGAGUGAAACAGCUAAACUUGAUAGGAGACAGCGGUCGCGAGGCGCUCCGCAAGUGCAGCGAUGCCCGAGAGAAACUCCGAGCGCAGGGAACCAAAGAACAAACCCUGUGA